AUGCAGGGAGCCUGGGUAGUGCUGCUGCUGCUGGGCCUCAGGCCACAGCUGUCACUUAGCGUCAUCCCAGUGGAAGAGGAGAACCCAGCCUUCUGGAACCAAAAGGCAGCCGAGGCCCUGGAUGUUGCCAAGAAGCUGCAGCCCAUUCAGACGUCAGCCAAGAACCUCAUCAUCUUCUUGGGUGAUGGAAUGGGGGUGCCCACAGUGACAGCCACCAGGAUCCUAAAGGGACAGUUGGAAGGUCAUCUAGGACCUGAGACACCCCUAGCCAUGGACCGCUUCCCAUACAUGGCUCUGUCCAAGACAUACAGUGUGGACAGACAGGUCCCAGACAGUGCAAGCACAGCCACAGCCUACCUGUGUGGGGUCAAGACCAACUACAAGACCAUCGGUGUGAGCGCAGCUGCCCGAUUUGACCAGUGCAACACCACAUUUGGCAACGAGGUCGUCUCAGUGAUGUAUCGUGCCAAACAAGCAGGGAAAUCUGUAGGAGUGGUGACGACCACCAGGGUGCAGCAUGCCUCUCCAGCAGGCACCUAUGUUCACACUGUGAACCGGAACUGGUAUGGGGAUGCUGACAUGCCCACCUCGGCUCUACAGGAGGGCUGCAAGGACAUUGCAACACAACUCAUCUCCAACAUGGACAUUAAUGUGAUCCUUGGUGGGGGCCGAAAAUACAUGUUUCCUGCAGGAACCCCAGACCCUGAGUAUCCAAAUGAUGUUAACCAGACCGGCACCAGGCUGGACGGCCGGAACCUGGUGGAGGAGUGGCUGUCGAAGCACCAGGGAUCCCAGUAUGUUUGGAACCGUGAAGAACUCAUUCAGAAGUCCCUGGAUCCAUCAGUGACAUACCUCAUGGGCCUCUUUGAACCUGUAGACACAAAAUUCGAGACACAACGAGACCCCUUGAUGGAUCCGUCUCUGAAGGACAUGACAGAGGCCGCCCUGAGAGUGCUAAGCAGGAAUCCCAAAGGCUUCUACCUCUUUGUGGAGGGGGGCCGGAUCGACCGUGGUCACCAUCUGGGCACAGCUUAUCUGGCGCUGACUGAGGCGGUCAUGUUCGACACAGCCAUCGAGAAGGCCAGCCAGCUCACUAGUGAGAAAGACACGCUGACCAUAGUCACUGCUGACCACUCCCAUGUCUUCUCCUUUGGUGGCUACACACUUCGGGGGACCUCCAUCUUCGGGCUGGCCCCGCUCAAAGCUCUGGAUGGCAAGUCCUAUACCUCCAUCCUGUAUGGCAAUGGCCCGGGCUAUGUCGGUACAGGCGAAAGACCCAAUGUCACCACUGCUGAAAGCCAUAACCCCUCGUACCAGCAGCAGGCGGCUGUGCCGGUGAAGUCGGAGACCCACGGCGGGGAGGACGUGGCGAUAUUCGCGCGUGGCCCGCAGGCACACCUGGUGCACGGAGUGCAGGAGCAGAACUACAUCGCGCACCUCAUGGCCUUUGCAGGCUGCCUGGAGCCCUACACCGACUGCGGCCUGGCGCCCCCUGAAGAUGAAAGCAGUGCAACCGCCCCGAGCCAGACCUCCACCACCCGCCCGACCACCACCAGCCAGACCACCACCGCCCGCCCGACCACCAACCCUGUCCGGGACAGCGCCGGUAGCCUAGGCCCCGCCACCACCCCGCUAGCCCUGACGCUGCUCGCUGCACCAUUGCUGCUGCUGCUACUGGGGGCUGCUGCAGAGUCUUAAACUCCAGUUCCUCCAGGCUCCACCCAUCAGGUCC